CCCCCCCCCCCCCCGCAAUGCCUUAAGAGACCCCGAUCCGUGGAAAAGUGUGGGAAUUAAUCCAUAAAGAGGCGGAUGAAUCGAGGUUACCUGCCGCCUGGUGCCGUUUCUGGAUCAUCUUGCUUUGUCGACCAGCCACUUUUAUUAUUAUUGACACCUAGCAUUUUGGAUUACCAUUGGCCCAGCAGCAGCUAGCAUUAGCAUUCAGCUUCCACGUUGUACUCAGCUGGCCGCCGCCACGAGGGGAGUUAAUUAUUUCCAUUAGUGUUACCGUCGGCUUGAGGUUGCCAUUAGCGGUUUUAAUCCCGUCACCUACUCGCCGCCGGACCAUUAGUAUUAGUGCUGAGUACGCAUCGGCGAGGCAACGUUAGCUGGCAGCAUGGAUCGCGGUAGCUGGAGCGGCAGCGAGAGUCCAGGGGACGACAUGGAGAGACUGAGCGACUCAGGCGGGGAUAAGAACAUGGACGGGGACCCCGAGGGGGUCUGGAGCCCCGACAUCGAGCAGAGCUUCCAGGAGGCCCUGGCCAUCUACCCGCCCUGUGGAAGGAGGAAGAUUAUACUGUCAGAUGAAGGGAAGAUGUAUGGUCGAAAUGAGCUGAUAGCCAGAUACAUCAAGCUCCGAACAGGCAAGACGCGGACGAGGAAACAGGUAUCCAGUCACAUCCAGGUUUUAGCCAGAAGAAAAUCCAGGGAGUUUCAAUCCAAACUAAAGGACCAGAACGCCAAGGAGAAGGCCCUACAGAGCAUCUCCUCCAUGUCCUCGGCUCAGAUCGUCUCGGCCACCGCCAUCCACAGCAAGCUCCUGCCCGGACUAGUACGGAGCAGCUUCCCCAGCAACGCACAGCUUUGGCAGGGAAUGAUUCCUGGAGGACAGUCCAGCUCCACCACAGAAGACAUCAAGCCGUUCUCUCAGCAGGCCUAUGUCGUGCAGACAGUGGGGACCAACACCAUCUCAGGCUACGAGGCUCCCACCGCAGCCCAAACACACAGAGAGCCAGCAUGGCAGGGUCGAUCCAUCGGCACCACCAAACUACGACUGGUGGAGUUUUCAUCUUUCUUGGAGACACAGAGGGACCAGGAGGCAUACAACAAGCACCUGUUUGUGAACAUCAGCCAGAGCAGCCUGAGCUACAGCGACCCCAUGCUGGAGUGUGUGGACAUCAGACAGAUCUACGACAAGUUCCCCGAGAAGAAGGGCGGCCUCAAGGAGCUGUUCGCCAAGGGCCCCCAAAACGCGUUCUACCUGAUCAAGUUCUGGGCCGACCUGACUUACAACGUACAGGAUGACCCGGCAGCAUUCUACGGGGUCAGCAGCCAAUACGAGAGCUCGGAGAACAUGACCAUCACCUGCUCCACCAAGGUCUGCUCCUUCGGCAAGCAGGUGGUCGAGAAGGUGGAGACGGAGUACGCAAGGUUUGAAAACGGGCGCUUCAUCUACAGAAUCAGUCGCUCUCCGAUGUGUGAAUACAUGAUCAACUUCAUCCACAAGCUCAAGCACCUGCCGGAGAAGUACAUGAUGAACAGUGUGCUGGAGAACUUCACUAUACUGCUGGUUGUCAGCAAUAGAGACACUCAGGAGAUCUUGCUUUGUAUGGCGUGUGUGUUUGAGGUGUCCAACAGCGAGCAUGGAGCUCAGCACCACAUCUAUCGACUCUUCAAGGAAUAACAGACACAGACACACACACACACACAGACACACACACACACACACACACAUAUAUGGCCUUUUUUGCUUGAUGAUUACCGGUGACAUUGGAGGUAAAGAUGUCCAAAAAACUGAAUACUACUUAAGUGUCUUUCAGCCAAACAACCCCACUCGGUGAGGAAGGGGAAAAAAUGGCUGCCUUUUCACCGCUGCUCACGUAACACCACAACAAGAUACGGGGCCUUUUUAAAAAUUAUUUAACAUCAAAAUAUGAUGCAGAAUCCUCCUAAACCGGAGAAUUUACGUAAUCAUAACGGCAAUCUGAAUAGCAGAUGGUCAUUAGCUGUAAAAAUCAACCCGGCUGGCGUUUGUCCUAAAAACUCAGAUGGAAAUGAAAGUGCUAACUUCGGUCAACAACAAGAGAUCUGACGACUUGUCACCUGACAGUGAGAGUCGGGCCCUGUGUCUCAUCAAUAACCAGAGAUGGAACCAACACCACUGCGCUAUUAUUGUGUGAGCUGAAUUCUUGCACACAACAUUUGUUUUUAUUAAAAAAGAGAUUUGUCCCCCUUUUUGUUUUCUUGAAAACAGAAACAAAAGAGAAAAAAACAGUAGCGUAAAGACUUUGGGAAAUUGUUUUAUCGAUAAAAAAACAUAGAGACUAUAUUUUAAUUCCAGGAACACAAUCAAAAAUGUUGAUAAGAAAGUAAGAGUGAAAUUUAACCAUUCAGGUACCGUUUUGUGCAACUAUUGAUUCUUCAUCAAGAUUGAAUACUUGAAAAAAAAAAAGAUACGUGUGUUGAAGCUAUAAUCCUGAAGGUUGCAGUGCUGCAACCUGAUUGGAACCUGGUCCCGGUCGAUUGGAACCUGGUCCCGGCUGUUUGGACCAUACAGCGGUUUGAUUUCAUGAAAAUCUUAAGGAUUAUUAUAACUUUAAAAAUGAAAUGUAUUGUGGUCGGUCCAUUGGAAAGCACUGUGACUCUUUGAAACUAACGUCAAUGAUCGUGCACGAGUGGGGGCCUGGGGGGGGGGGGGGAGCACAAGUCUAACCUGCUGAUCAGGUUUCACUCUGCAACUUUAAACCUUCAAUAUUCCUGCACCAGCUAACUCCGGAUGUAACACGCCCAUCCAUGCGCACCAAUGUGUUCAAGUCUGAAAUAUGAUCAUGUCCACGUUUACAUGCUCCCCCCCACCCCCAACCAGAAGCCACGGCAACUGGGUUUUUUUCAUUUUGAGAGAGGAUAUGAUGUCAGAAUGGAAGUUAUUUAUUAAUAAAGGCUCUGGUUCUCAGUGUCUGUGCUAAUGAUCUGAAUCCCAUAUUUAAUAACUGUUCCUAAUUUUAAUUACACUCUUUUAGCUCAUUGCAAUUGUGCUAAAGGAGGGUUACUUUUCUUAGAAAACAUACAACCGGGACCAGGUUCCUAGUAGACAUACAGUCAGCGGCGAAUCCUCCGAGAGGAUUGUCCCUGUUCUUAUUCCUGCACACAUUCUUCGCUAUUUUACGGCCCACAUUUACAUGUAUUUUCAUUUUUCUUUGGUACGUGUGACAGAUUGAUGUUAAAAACCGCUCGCACGCCGGUACCGACAGGCUCCUCGUUCAUAAAACACAACCCAGACCCGUCACUGCUGGAGGAGACCCGUUCUUCUUUUGAGCAUUCAGCAAUGGAGACCGUGUUUCUGCCGAGGUUUACCAAACCUUAAAUGAGCCAUCUUUAGUCCCAACUGGCCGGUUGUUCUUAGCGAUUCCUGAUGUCUGACACUGAUAGUUGCCAUGGUCCAAAACCACUGUAUUCUGUUUGUUUAAAGACUCCUGCGGGUGUCUCUCAGGGUUACAGACGCCUGUCCGACAAAACUAAUACAAACCUUUCUUUCAAUGCAUUCUGUAAAGGAAAAAAAAUCGUUUCCAAAAAAAGGCCUUCAACAUUCCCAGAAUUUUGCCUCCACACUAAAGUGAUGAGUUGUUUGCAGGCAGACUUCUAGACCUUCACAGAAGAACUGACAGGUGGCAUUUACACGACAGCCCGAAAAGGGGCUGACUUUGCAAUAAUGACCCUCUGUCCCGGACAUUAUCUACCCCCUGCUUACCAAAGACGGUUGUCGCGUGACACAAAAGGAAGAAAAUUGAUUUAUGACAAGCUAGAGUAAAUUACAAGCUUCUGCCAAAAAGGACUAUCAACCUCCAGACAUCUGUGGCUCGCAGGGCUACGCUGUAAAUCUGUACAGAUGUAAGUAAAACAGACAACAAAAUAAACAAAAACUAAUGGAAGAAGGGUUACAGGUGUGUGUGUGUGUGUGUGUGUGUGUGUGUGUGUGUGUGUGUGUGUGUGUGUGUGUGUGUGUGUGUGUGUAUUUUACCUGGUAUUGGUGAACCAUGUUUUGACUUAUUUAAUUUUUAUUUGACCUAAAAUAACAUCAGUCCAACACAAGAACUCAACCGUAGGGCUUUCCUGUUAAACGUCCUCUCAUCGUAGACAUGUUGCCCAGAGGCCGUUCUAAAGGUUCCGAGUCAUCGUCGUCCGUGUAGUUAAUGUUGUCUCGUACAUGCAACGUGGAUAUUAAUCUUCUUUUACGAAGCCACAGAAGUCCUGUCUGUAAUCUAUUCCGAAAUGGCCUUGAAUCUUUCGCUCCGGUGCAUUUGCACCACACCUGUGUCUGCACUGAGGUUGUUUUUGAUACGGUGCUUUAUAUAAAGGUGACAUGACCGUUUAUUACAGAUGUUGUGUAUAUCUUUGAUAUUCUAAUGUUUAAUUCUAUUUUGUGAAGAAAAGAAAACAUUUAGGGAAUUUUAAAAAGCUAGUAAUGGUUGUCUAUUGGUACUGCACAGGGUCUGAUUUUUGCUUUGUCAUUUUCUUUUUUUCCCCCUGAUGGCUAAAAGUAUGUUAGAUAUUUUCUAGCUUUGUAGAGACUUUGUACGCAUAUGCUAUUCAGUUUAAAUAAAUGGUCAGUUCCAAACUGUG